CAUUACCAUAACCACGUUAUUAGCCAGACGGUAUUAAGAUAAUAAUCUCUUCUGAUCUUCAAGAGUGGUUAUAAACUUUGAGUCGUAGUUGUUUAAAAUGCCUAGAAGUUCACGAAGGACCAGAGGAAACACUGCUGCUAAUUCUACAAGGAUUGCCAGCAACUCACCAAGAACUACUAGGAGAUCCUCUGGCAGUGGGAUGGAACCAUCACCGCCAAAGCGAAGGCGAGCCGAAUCGCCUGAAAAUGAUUCCCGAAGAGCAAGGCGAGGAAAACUUGGUGAAAAUGUCGAAGGUCGCACCAAAGUCAUGACGGAUCAGGAUUUCAAAGAAAAUAUGAAAGUUUUGCAUGCGAACAGCAAAAAGAUGAAUGAUUCGCAGCUCAAGCCUGUUCAGGUCGACUUGCAUGUGGACAAAAACCGCGAGGAACAUUACACGGAUGACUAUGAGAUGGAGGAUCUCAUUGUCCGAAGAGGAAAAGUGUUCAAGAUAUCCGUGACGUUUGACAGGAAUUUUGAUGAAUCACGAGACAAAGUAAUCUUGCAGUUCGUUACAGGCCCUCGACCCCAACAGAGCAAGAAGUCCAUCAUACGAUUGCAGAACAGCAAUAGCCUUUCCACGUCAUCGUGGGGUAUGCACAUAGUAGAACAUCGUGGAGCAACUGUGGAAAUGUCCGUCAUGUCACCUGCUGAUGCCAUUGUUGGAGAGUAUUCAUUGUUUGUGGAGACACGAAGCAAUAGAUACGGUGGGAACCAUCAUAGCUUUAAACAAAAGCGUGAUGAGAAAAUCAUCAUAUUGUUCAACGCCUGGUGUAAAGAUGACGCAGUUUACAUGGGCAAAGAAGAUGAACGGAAAGAGUACGUACUGAAUGAUCGCGGGCGCAUCUGGGUUGGCAGCAAAAGAAGAUUCACAAGCAUUCCUUGGAACUUUGGCCAGUUUGAUCAAGUUUCACUGGAAACAUGCUUAAAGCUAUUAAAGAUAGCAGAACUCAGUACUUCUGCACAUGCAAAUCCUACCCUUGUUUGCCGUACUAUAUCUCAAAUGGCUAAUUACAACGAUAAAGAUGGUGGCAUACUCUUUGGGCGUUGGACCGAGACCUAUCCAAAAAAUUCCACCGAGCCCACAGAAUGGACCGGAAGUGUCACCAUUUUGAAGAAGUUCACAAAGCGAUAUCAAUAUGUGCGAUAUGGACAGUGCUGGGUGUUCUCUGGCUUAGUAACCACACUUCUUCGUGCUAUAGGGAUCCCAACUCGUAGCGUGACUAACUUUGCGUCGGCACACGACAACGACCAAAGCAUGACCAUUGAUUAUCACCAUGAUGCCGAAGGAAAGCCACUAGAUGACCUCGAUGAUUCAGUAUGGAACUUCCAUGUGUGGAACGAGUCGUAUUUCACUCGUCCAGAUCUUCCGUCUGGCUAUGAUGGCUGGCAGGCACACGAUGCCACACCACAGGAAACCAGUGAAGGUGUGUUCAGGUGUGGACCCUGUCCUGUCAAAGCCGUCAAGAAUGGCGAGGUUUACUUCCCAUUUGACACAGGCUUCGUGUUUGCUGAAGUCAACGGUGAUAAAGUCUACUGGGAUGUUGAUGAGGAUGGAGAGAUGACAGUGUCUUACAUUGAUAAACGCAGUAUUGGAAAAUACAUUAGUACCAAGGCCGUUGGAAGCAAUGACAGAGAAGAUCUGACCAAGUAUUACAAGUUUCCGGAGGAAAGCUCACAAGAACGUGAGGCAGUCCGACUAGCUAACAAAUUCAGCUCACGCAAAAAUCAGGAAAUUUAUUCCGAGCCAUCUUCCAGUGAUGUCACGUUUGAAAUACUCACCAGUGACAACAUAAUGAUAGGAGAUGACGUUAAAAUAGAGUUGUCUGUAAAAAAUGACUCCAAUGCAAGAAGGACUGUUCAGGUUACCAUAGUAACCAAGAUAUCCUUCUACACGGGUAUUACCACUCGAGACUUGAAGAAUGUUAAUAAAGUGGUGACUCUUGCAAGAGGACAGGAAACCUCCGUACUUCUAUCUAUUUCUGUUGAUGAAUACCUCAAAAUGGCUCCUGAUGCAAGCAUCAAAACCUACUUCAAAGCUAAAGUCAAGGAGACUGGUCAGGUGUUUUGUGACAUGGAUGACAUUGAAUUCAACAAACCUGAACUCAUAGCAAUGAUCCCAUAUAAGGUGGGGAAAAACGAGGAGUUCGAGGUUUCAUUCCAGUUCACCAAUCCUCUGCCUAUCAAGUUAACAAAUGCCAAUCUGAACGUUGAAAAUUCCAGGAUGAUCCCAAGCUCUAUCACAAAAAGCAUAAGGAAAGCGAUUGGACCAAAUGAUGAGGUGUCAAUUCCUGUUAUUCUGGAAUCCAAGAAAAAAGGAAAGCGAUACAUUGAUGCAUCUUUCCACUCCGAUCAGCUGUCUGGUGUUCGUGGAGAGUUUGAGAUUACAGUAGUGUAGGCUUACAAAAUCUAAGAGUAAAAAAGAGCGAAGACAGUACAAUAGGUAGGCUAACAAUGCUCUUUUAAGGCCCCGUCCACACUAUGCCGGAUAAAUUUGAAUCCGAAUUUUUAUUUAUUCGGUUAGGCCUACCGUCCACACUAGUCCGGGCGAAUCCGGAACAUUUCUUCACCGACAACGAAUUUUUUCGUAUAUGGUCUCUAGAGUGGAACAAUUUGAAAACGCCAGCUGGCCGUAUUAGUGUGGACGGAGAACAUUUCGUAUCCGAAAUUUUUCGAAUACGAUGACGUCCUGAUUGUCAUGGAAACAUGGCGAGAAGACUAAAAA